AUGGUGGCCGGCUCUCGAACAUGCAUUCCGCUACUUGGCGGUAUGAUGUUGGGAGCACUGAUCGCCAUGCUGCUCUUCAAUCCGGAAGACCCAGUAACCAUUGGCGAUGCAGUAUGUCCGCCGAGAAGUGCCCCGCAGAAACAGUACGUUGAUGUCAGCGAACACUGGACGGUGCACCUGGACAAUAUGCCAUCACCACCUCCGAAUCAGGAUGCGACUCCGAAGGUUGUCAGGGCUAGGUUCGCAGCUACUGAGUUAGGCAUACGUGAGCGAUUGAUGGUUGGAGUUCUGGCUGAGUCCUCACUGGCAGUAGCAAUGAAUGCAUCGUUAGGAAAACAUGUGCCAAGGAUUCACGUUUUUGCCGAUGCUAGUCGAAUUGACACUGAUCUAGCUCAGCUGACAAACUUGAGUCCAUACAAGUGGGUUUGA